UGCCGCGUCCCGGGGGACCCCAACCCCUCCCCACUGCAGUGGGACCCCAGAGCCGGAGGGGCCCCUCAUCCCCUGCCCGGCUGUGUUUCAGGGUCUCACACGGUGCAGCGGAUGUACGGUUGUGACAUUCUUGAGGACGGCACCACCCGGGGGUAUCGUCAGGAUGCCUAUGAUGGGAGAGACUUCAUUGCCUUGGACAAAGACACGAAGACGUUCACUGCGGCAGUUCCAGAGGCAGUUCCCACCAAGAGGAAAUGGGAGGAUGAUGGGAGCGUUGCUGAGAGGUGGAAGCAUUACCUGGAGGAAACCUGUGUGGAGUGGCUGCAGAGAUACGUGGAGCACGGGAAGGCAGAGCUGGGCAGGAGAGAGCGGCCCGAGGUGCGAGUGCGGGGGAAGGAGGCCGACGGGGUGCUGACCUUGUCCUGCCGCGCUCACGGCUUCUACCCGCGGCCCAUCGUCGUCGAGUGGAUGAAGGACGGCGCGGUGCAGCACCAGGACGCCCACACGGGGGGCGUCGCGCCCAACAGCGAUGGCACCUACCACACCUGGGUCACCAUCGAUGCGCGGCCGGAGGACAGGGACAAGUACCAGUGCCGCGUGCAGCACGCCAGCCUGCAGCAGCCCGGCCUCUACUCGUGGGAGCCGUCAGAGUCCAACCUGGUCCCCAUUGUGGUGGGGAUUGUUGCCAUUGUGGCCAUUGCCAUCGUGGCUGGUGUUGGAUUCGCCAUCUACAGAAGCCGUGCAGGGAAGAAAGAGAAGGGCUACAGCAUUGCUGCUGUAAAGGAUGGUGGAUCCAACGGCUCAGCCACAGGGAGCGACUGCCCCGUCAUCUGAGCGCUGUGCUUCAGCCUGCAAGGGGAAGGCUGUCCCCACCAGCGUUUGGGUUGGUGAUGGACACAGCCCCAUCCUCUCAAU